UAAGCCCCUCCCCGACUGCAGGAGCAGAGGGUGCUUGCCUCUAUAAAAGGACUCCCAGGCUUGGUCAAUAGCAGUCAGUGGUGCGGUUUUUAAAGGGCAGGGCUGCUUAGAGCUCCAUGAGGCCGGCGCAGAAGACGGCCGGGGGUUUGGGGGGCCUUGGUUUGUGCCUGUGAGGGCGGCUGGCGAAGCAGGGCCCCGGCGCGGGCUGAGGCGCUUUGAAGCGCUGGCAUUCUGCGUCCCUCCGCCAAGCCGCGGCACUUCCUUGGGGUAUCCUGAGGAGAUGCAGUUGGGGGAGCAGCUCUUGGGCAGCGCGGCCAGCCUGCCCGGCGCCCCGUUUUACCCGCUGGAGAGCGCGGGCGGACGCGCCGGCACUUCCACGCGUCACCUCAGCGCUGGGUCGCCGCCGCCGCCGCGCCUCGACUUGGACAAGGCAGCGAAGAAGUUUGGCAGCGCCUCGGGGCCGCCGCCGGCGGGCAUGCUGGGCGAGUCUGAGGAGAGCGAAGCGCCUCCCUUUGCCACCGCCGCCGCCGCGGGAGGACAGGUGCCCGCCAAGACGGCUACUGUGCCGGACGGCGGGCGCAAGAGCUCUCCCUGCCCGGCUGAGGAAGAGGUGUUGCCGCCGGCGCCGGCGCGCUACUCGUUGGACGGCCUGAGCCCCGAGCGCUACUACCUGCAGUCGCCUGGGCCUCAGGGCGGCGCCGAGCUGGGCGGCCCGUGCGCCCUGUUCCCUUAUGCGGGGGCGGCGGGGAGCUCGCAGGCCGGCUCCGUCUACCAGGCGCCCGGCGGGGCGCGCUACCCCUACGGCUCGGUCCUGUCGCCGCCUGCGGGCUUCUCGACGGCGGCGGGCAGAGCGCCCUUCGCAGCUGCCGCCGGCCCUUACCAGUACGGCCAAGGGGCUCCUCCGGGCAGUCUCUACAGUCCGUACCCGGCAGCAGCGGGCUCCUGCGGCGGGCUGGGCGCUCUGGCGAUGCCCGGCGGGGCGGGCGGACUCCGAGCCCAAGUCUUCCUCUGCAACCGGCCGCUCUGGCUCAAGUUCCACCGGCACCAGACCGAGAUGAUCAUCACCAAACAGGGCAGGCGGAUGUUCCCCUUCCUGAGCUUCAACAUCACGGGCCUCAAUCCCACGGCCCACUACAAUGUCUUCGUGGAGGUGGUGCUCGCCGAUCCCAACCACUGGCGCUUCCAAGGGGGCAAGUGGGUGACCUGCGGCAAAGCCGAUAACAACAUGCAAGGCAACAAAGUCUAUGUUCAUCCGGAAUCUCCCAACACUGGAGCCCACUGGAUGAGGCAGGAAAUUUCCUUUGGGAAACUGAAACUAACUAAUAACAAAGGAGCCAAUAAUAAUAAUACCCAGAUGAUAGUACUGCAGUCUCUCCACAAAUAUCAGCCUCGUCUCCAUAUAGUGGAAGUGACCGAGGAUGGCGUUGAAGAUAUGAAUGACUCCUCUAAGACUCAAACAUUUAAUUUUCCAGAAACACAGUUCAUAGCUGUUACCGCAUAUCAGAACACUGAUAUCACACAGCUUAAAAUUGACCACAAUCCAUUUGCAAAAGGCUUUCGGGACAACUAUGAUUCCAUGUACACAGCUUCAGAAAAUGACAGAUUAACUCCAUCUCCCACGGAUUCUCCUAGAUCCCACCAGAUUGUCCCGGGAGCCCGAUACAGCGUACAGCCCUUCUUCCAGGAACAAUUUGUCAACAACCUGCCACCAGCUAGAUUUUAUAAUGGAGAAAGAACUGUGCCCCAGACAAAUGGCCUCCUCUCACCUCAGCAGAAUGAAGAAGUGACCAAUCCUCCCCAGAGGUGGUUUGUCACUCCAGUGCAACAGCCAGGAGCCAACAAACUGGACAUGAACUCCUAUGAAACUGACUACUCUUCUACUGCGCUACUUCCAUAUGGUAUAAAAUCCUUCCCCCUCCAGACAUCCCAUGCCUUGGGUUAUUACCCUGAUCCAACAUUCCCCUCCAUGGCAGGAUGGGGAAACAGAGGCUCUUAUCAGAGGAAAAUGUCUACUGGCCUACCUUGGACCUCCAGAACAAGCCCUCCCAGUUUCUCUGAAGAUCUUCUUUCUAAGGAGAAAGUAAAAGAAGAAAUGGGAUCAUCUUGGAUAGAGACCCCACCCUCCAUAAAGUCUCUAGAUUCAAAUGAUUCCGGAGUCUAUACUGGUGCUUGUAAAAGGAGGAGACUCUCACCUAGCACGUCAAGCAACGAAAACUCUCCAACAAUGAAAUGUGAGGACAUUAAUACUGAGGACUAUGGCAAAGACACUUCAAAAGGCAUGGGCUACUAUGCUUUCUACACCAGUUCCUAAGGAGUGAAGUCCUUGUCUCAUACUUAAACAAAAACUUGACUGGGCAUAAUUCUUUCAGUGAUGGUACAGAGAUCUUUUGCAUAAAUGUUGCCAAAGGAACUCUUUACCGCCCAUCAUGAAAUGUUCUUGUGCAAUGCUAUAGAAGGUGCCAAAGCUUUUGACUGACUUCUGCAGGUAAAAAUGAGAAAAAACAGGGUAGCACUCCAAAACAACUAUCCCCACCUUUGGACUUUGGAGAGUCCAUUACAAGUGUCCUGUUAUUAAGCAUGUAGCUUUCUUCAGUACCAAGGAGAGUGGAACCGCUAAAGGGGUACAAUUUGGCAGUGGUUAGGUGCUGUGCAUUACCAGUGUUUAAAAGUUCCAUGCCUGACAGAGGAACAGGUGCUUUUUGAACAGACUACCCAUAUCACUUAGUAGCAGGGAAAAUCCAAAAUGGAGGUUUUACCUAUAGAGUAAUCCUUUAUGAAGUAUGCAAGAACCAGCCUCCUGGUUUAAUAGCUAAACCUCAUUUUGUCUUGGGAGACUCUAAAUGCCUUGGCAGAAAGCUAUGGCAGCAAAGGAAUCCUAUGAAGGUAGUGUGUGUGGGGGGUGUACAGCUCUAUGUUGUCUAGAUACACUGUAGAAUAUAACAAAACAUUCUGUAUAUAGCUUUAGUCAUGACAGUGCAGUUGGGUGUCUGAAGCUGGUGUGUGGGGAGUUCUUCCUUUAAACAAACAUUUAAGUCUGAUGGUGAACACUGAUGCUGAGAGUACAUCAAAAUAUCUAUUUAUUGGUAGGUGGUGAAUGUAUAUUUUCAGCUGUUCUCAAUUGAAAGUGUUUGUAACUCCUGUUGCUCGGCCUGUAAAUAAUCUUACCAAAUGCUGAUAGGUGGCAAAAGACUUUAAAAGCAAAGCAUUAGUUUAUUUUGGGGUGGGCCUCUUGUCUGUAUAUAAUUUUUAAUAAAUGUGUUGUAAUGAUA